AACAACCUAAACUUAAACCUCAAUGGCCCGCACAAAGCAAACUGCCCGCAAAUCCACCGGAGGCAAGGCACCCCGGAAGCAACUCGCUGCCAAGUCCCAGGCGCGUAAGACUGCCGCCGCGGCUACUGGUGGUGUAAAGAAGCCUCAUCGUUUCAGGCCAGGAACAGUCGCUCUUCGUGAAAUCCGUCGGUACCAAAAGUCAACGGAGUUGCUCAUCCGUAAGCUGCCGUUCCAGCGUCUCGUUCGUGAGAUCGCACAGGACUUCAAGACGGAUCUCCGUUUCCAAUCAUCUGCCGUCAUGGCACUGCAGGAGGCAUCUGAGGCGUACCUCGUCUCACUAUUCGAAGACACGAACCUUGCUGCUAUCCACGCAAAGCGUGUUACCAUCCAGCCGAAGGACCUUGCACUCGCUCGUCGUCUCCGUGGCGAGAGAACGUGAAUUCACGUGGAUGGAUUGUUGACUGCUAUUUUAUAUUUUUGUGUAUUCUAUUAUUGCUGUACAAUACCACGUCUAUUUGGCGAACUAAGAAUAGAGGGUGCAUCUGGCCCUGCAUUUGAC